CUUGUCAACAACCGUCGAAAGUCGAAAGUCGAAAGUCCCCAAACAUCGCGUUGUGUGUCGUCGUCUGUAGAGCCGCGCAGGCCUACUGCGCCCAAAAUAUUCAUCAUGGCGACGACCUCAAAUAUGUUCCUCUACUCCCUGACAAUCCAGCCUCCCUCUGCCGUCACACAGGCAGUACUCGGGCAGUUCUCAGGGACCAAGGAGCAACAAAUCAUCACAGCUUCAGGUUCUCGCCUGACACUUCUCCGUCCCAAUCCUAGUCUGGGGAAAGUCAUAACCCUUCUCUCACACGAUAUCUUUGGCAUCAUCCGGUCCAUCGCAUCCUUCCGCCUUGCAGGAAGCACCAAGGACUACAUCAUCCUGGCUACAGACUCGGGCCGCAUUGCUGUCAUCGAGUAUCUCCCGGCCCAGAAUCGGUUCUCUCGCAUCCAUUUGGAGACAUUUGGAAAAUCCGGUGUGCGCCGUAUCGUCCCUGGCCAGUAUCUCGCUGCAGAUCCCAAAGGUCGUGCGUGCCUCAUCGCCUCGGUCGAGAAAAACAAGCUUGUAUAUGUCCUGAAUCGCAAUUCACAGGCAGAGCUUACCAUCUCCUCACCACUUGAGGCUCACAAGCAUGGUGUCCUCGUCUUCUCCUUAGUAGCUCUUGACGUCGGCUAUGCAAACCCUGUAUUUGCAGCUCUGGAGACAGACUACUCAGACUCGGAUCAAGACCCAUCAGGCGAAGCAUACCAAGAAGUCGAGACCCAGCUUGUGUAUUAUGAGCUAGAUCUAGGCUUGAACCAUGUCGUCCGCAAAUGGUCAGAGCCUGUGGAUCCGACGUCCUCCUUGCUCUUCCAAGUGCCUGGAGGGAGUGAUGGGCCUAGUGGAGUCCUCGUAUGCGGAGAGGAAAACAUCACCUACAGACACUCGAACCAAGAGGCUUUCCGGGUUCCCAUUCCUAGAAGGCGAGGCGCUACUGAGGAUCCUCAGCGAAAGCGCACCAUUGUUGCAGGUGUAAUGCACAAGCUGAAGGGAAAUUCUGGCGCGUUUUUCUUCCUCCUUCAGUCAGAGGAUGGGGACUUGUUCAAGGUCACUUUGGAUAUGCAUGAGGAUGACGACAAAUCAACUGGCGAGGUCAAACGGCUCAAGAUCAAAUAUUUCGACACAAUUCCUGUGGCGUCUAGUCUCUGCAUUCUCAAGAGUGGCUUCCUGUUUGCCGCGAGCGAGUUUGGUAACCAUCACUUCUACCAAUUUGAGAAGCUUGGCGAUGACGACGAAGAACUCGAGUUCAGCAGCGACGACUUCCCUACAGAUCCGCGUGCUCCCUACACCCCUGUCUACUUCUACCCUCACACCACAGGGAAUCUGUCCUUAGUUGAGAGCAUCGAUUCCAUGAACCCACUGGUGGAUUGCAAAGUGGCGAACCUCACGGGAGAAGACGCUCCACAGAUCUACUCAGUAUGCGGCAGUGGUGCUCGAAGCACCUUCCGCAUGCUCAAGCACGGCUUGGAGGUCAACGAGAUUGUCGCUUCUCAGCUUCCUGGCACUCCCUCAGCAGUCUGGACGACGAAACUCAAGAGUGACGACGAGUAUGACACCUACAUUGUCCUUAGCUUCACAAACGGCACUUUAGUCCUAAGCAUUGGAGAAACCGUAGAGGAGGUCAGCGAUUCGGGCUUUCUCACAACUGUCGCCACACUUGCAGUACAGCAGAUCGGCGAUGAUGGGCUUAUUCAAGUUCAUCCCAAGGGAAUCCGUCACAUUAGGAAUGGGCGGGUGAAUGAGUGGCCGGCUCCUCAGCACCGAUCUAUCGUGGCUGCUGCGACGAAUCAGCGCCAGGUAGCUGUUGCUCUGAGCUCCGGCGAGAUAGUCUAUUUCGAGAUGGACAGCGAUGGAUCCCUUGCCGAAUAUGACGAAAAGAAGGAAAUGUUCGGUACUGUGACGUGCCUCAGCUUGGGUCAAGUGCCAGAAGGCCGCUUGAGAAGCUCUUUCCUAGCCGUGGGUUGCGACGACUGCACUGUCAGGAUCCUGAGCUUGGAUCCAGAAUCCACACUCGAGAGCAAAUCAGUGCAAGCCUUGACAGCGGCGCCUUCGUCUUUGCUGAUUAUGACCAUGGAGGAUUCGUCAUCCGGCGGUUCAACCCUGUAUCUACACAUUGGCCUUCAUUCAGGAGUGUACCUACGGACUGUUUUGGACGAGAUCACCGGAGAGCUGACUGACACUCGCCACAAGUUCUUAGGCCCCAAGGCUGCAAGGCUAUUCCAAGUCGCGGUCCAGAACCAAACCUGCGUCCUGGCUCUCAGUUCAAGGCCUUGGAUGGGCUAUACCGACCCGAUUACCAAGGGUUUCAUGAUGACGCCCCUAAGUUACGAAGAUCUGGAAUGGGGUUGGAAUUUCAGUAGCGAGCAGUGCGAAGAGGGUAUGGUCGGGAUCCACGACAAUUACCUCAGAAUCUUCUCCAUCGAGAAACUGGGCGACAACCUGAUCCAGAAGUCGAUACCCCUCACCUACACGCCACGACGUCUUGUCAGACAUCCUGACCAGCCGUAUUUCUAUACCAUUGAGUCGGAUAAUAACACACUCCCACCGGAACUCCAACAACAGUUGCUCGCAGAUCCAAGCGCGGUCAACGGCGACGCCAAAGUCCUUCCACCAGAAGAGUUUGGCCAUCCCCGGGGCCGCGGCCGAUGGGCAUCUUGCAUCAGUAUUGUUGAUCCCGUAGGCGAAGAGCCCCAAGUGCUUCAGAAGAUCGACAUCGGAGACAACGAAGCAGCUGUCAGCGCCGCCGUGGUUCCAUUUGCGAGUCAAGAAGGCGAGAGCUUCCUGAUCGUUGGGACCGGCAAGGACAUGGUUCUGAAUCCAAGGCAGUUCUCAGAGGGCUAUAUCCACGUCUAUCGGUUCCAUGAAGGGGGCAAAGACUUGGAGUUCAUUCAUAAGACCAAGGUUGAGGAGCCGCCAAUGGCUCUACUGCCUUUCCAGGGGCGCUUGUUGGCAGGAAUUGGCAAGACGUUGAGACUUUACGAUCUUGGCUUGAAACAGCUGCUCCGCAAGGCCCAGGCCGAUGUCGCCCCGCACCUCAUCGUGUCCCUGCAGACCCAGGGCAGCCGCAUCGUGGUAGGGGACGUCCAGCAGGGCAUCAGCUAUGUCGUGUAUAAGCCCGAGAUCAACAGGCUCCUCCCGUUCGUCGACGACACGACUUCUCGGUGGACGACUUGUACGGCUAUGGUCGACUACGAAUCUACUGCCGGUGGAGACAAAUUCGGCAAUAUCUGGGUUGUCCGUUGUCCCGAGAAGACCAGCGUGGGAGCAGACGAGCCGGGCUCCGAAGUACACCUAACCCAUGCGCGGGAGUACCUUCACGGCACAUCGAACCGCCUCAGCCUCAUGUCUCAUUUCUACACCCAGGAUAUCCCCACUAGCAUAUGCAAAACCAGCCUUGUUGUGGGCGGGCAAGAAGUCCUCCUGUGGAGCGGGAUCCAGGGCACUAUCGGUGCUCUCAUCCCGUUCGUCACCCGUGAGGAUGCCGACUUCUUCCAGACCCUGGAGAGUCACAUGAGGAGCGAGGACCCUCCGCUUGCCGGCCGAGACCAUCUCAUGUACCGGGGCUACUACGUCCCGGUCAAGGGGGUGAUAGAUGGAGAUCUCUGCGAGAGGUAUACCCUAUUGCCGAAUGACAAGAAACAAAUGAUUGCUGGCGAACUAGACCGCUCGGUCAGGGAAAUCGAGCGGAAGAUCUCGGAUGUCCGAACCCGAUCCGCAUUUUGAUGGUAGAUCACGGCCGGAAUCGGAUUUGUGUUUUCAUCUCCAGGGCUCGAAAAUAGGCGUCAGGUCAUUUUAUGGAUGUGUGUGGCAUGGCGUGGUAUUUGUAUAUGUAGAUUAGAUGACGGGCGGCGUUUGUUUGAGUAGCCAGACCCCAAAAGCCUCCCUGUCUGCCGUGUCCAGCACAGCAGGCUCUAUAUGAUAUCCCAAACAAUUCAUGAGCUACUAGCUCUUGUAACCAA